UCUGUAACCCUGAGAGUUACAGGAAGCAACGGUCCAACUCAGCCGCCGUCUCGCGCUGUGUUGUGGGGUGAGAAGCAGGUUUCGUGUCGGCCUCAAACCUGAGGGGUACGAGGCACAUAAAACGCCAGAAGAAAGGAUAUAUAACUUAGAGUGAUCGUACGGACAGAGAGAUGCCUCACAAUUUUCAGCCUGGGGACCUGGUGUUCGCUAAAAUGAAGGGGUACCCCCACUGGCCGGCCCGGAUCGAAGAUGUGGCUGAGGGGGCAGUAAAACCUCCACCAAAUAAAAUUCCGAUCUUCUUCUUUGGGACCCAUGAGACUGCCUUCCUCGCUCCAAAGGACCUUUUCGCCUACGAGAAGUACCGCGACCGCUAUGGCAAACCCAACAAGAGGAAGGGUUUCAAUGAGGGCCUGUGGGAGAUCCAGAACAACCCACACGCGUCCUACAGCAUGCCUGCACCGGUCAGCUCCUCUGAGAGUGAGGCGGAGGCCAACGAAGCAGGGAGCGACGCCGAGGAGGACGCGGCGGUCCCAAGGAAGGCCGACUCCGGGAGCGAGGAAGAGUUCGACUCUGGCAGUGAGGACGCAGGACGAGGGAAAGGAGGGCUAAAGCGGAAAGCCCCCGCGGCUAAGCGACUCCCCUUCAAACGGUCGCGUGGCUCCUCCAGUGAGCCGGAGCGUGUCGAGGACGAGCAGGAGAGCGGCUCCCCCUCUGAGCCGGAGCCAUCCCCCAGUUCGGACUCGGACUUCAGCAAGGACAGCGACCAGGACUUCACUCCGGAGAAGAAGGCAGGACCCAAAGGUGGAAAGCGAGGAGCUGGGAGAGGAAGGCGAAAAAAGCCAGCAUCUGAAUCAGACUCCGACUCCGCGUCCCACUCCGAUGACGACGGGGGUCGCAGCGAACCAGACGAGAAGCCGCGGCCGGCGCUGUCCGGCUCUGAGUCUGGGUCUGGGUUCAAAUCUAAGUCUGACUCUGAGUCUGACCCGCCUCCAAGAAAGACUCCACAGGCACGUAAGAAAGCCGAGAAGCCCCCUCCCAAACCACGUGGACGAAAGCCUAAACCCGCCCCGGUCCGAGCACCCAGCUCUUCCUCUGACAGCGAAAGCAGCAGUGAGCCGGACCGCAUCAGUGAGUGGAAGCGGCGCGACGACGAGCGGCGCCGGGAGCUGGAGGAGCGGCGCAAGCGGGAGGAGGCGGAGGAGCUGCGGAGGCUAAGGGAGCGGGAGCGUGAGGAGGAGGAGAAGCGGAGGAGAGGGAAAGAAAAAGGGGGAGGAGGUGGAGGCGGGACAAGUAGCAGCAGCAGGUCCGACGAGGACCCCGAUGAUCGUCCCAUCAAGAAGACCAAAAAACCACCACCCGCCCCAAUCCCCGCCCCCUCGGAUUCGGACUCUCCACCCCCUACUGAGAUGAAGAAGGCCCCCAAGCGUGUGGACAGCCAGAAGAAAGGCCGGUCGGGGAAAGAAGGCAAGGACAGGAAGGAGAGGGACAGGAAGGAGAAGAAGGUGCUGCGUGUGGAGUCUCGCGGCAGGCCCUCCAAGCCAGAAAAACUCAAACGUAAGCCAGAGCGCCUCCCAGAGAAGAAGGUGGAAAAGAAAAAAGAGCCUAGUCCAGAGGAGAAGCUGCAGAAGCUCCACACUGACAUUAAGUUUGCCCUGAAGGUCGACAGUCCGGACAUCAAACGCUGCUUGCAGGCAUUAGAGGACUUGGGCUCUGUACCGGUCACCAGCCAUCUCCUCCAGAAAAACACAGAUGUCAUUGCCACGCUGAAGAAGAUUCGCCGCUAUAAAGCCAGCAGCGAAGUGAUGGAGAAGGCCAGCCAGGUGUACAAUAAGCUGAAAAUGCAGUUCCUAGGCAAGACAGAGGGGGCGCUAAAAUCCCAGCCAGAAAACAAGGACCCAGUGAACAGCGCAAAGGAGACCAAAAACGAUACAGCACCGGUAAAUGGGGAGUCUGACGCUCUAAAACAGGAGGAGGAUGAUGGGACCCGUAGUCCCAAAGAAGAGGACCAGGAGAACGACCACAACCAGACCACCUCACCCCCUGCUACCCCCAAAAGUCCAGUGGAACCACAGUGGCCCAAUGACGACCCGGACCACGCGAACGCUGCGGAGACACAACCCGCCACCGCGGAGAGCUGAGGGGACCCGAAGGAAAAGUGCGGGGGAGGGGGGGGGGGUUGCGGGGCGAGCCGGGGUGAGGUGGGGCUGUGUUGGGGAGGCACUCGUGACCAGUGCCGGACAGGGCGGUGCCGUUGGAGCUCUGUGGAUCUGCCGGCAUCAUCCUUUGCCUGUUGUGCUUACUCUCAUUGACUUUUAUAUGAAAGAUCCACCGAUUCCCUUUUAAACCGACCUGUCCUCAGCAUCAAGGAUUCAUACGAUGGUGUGUGUUUAAGAAAGAAAAGGAAUUGCGUAUUUAGCACUCUGAACGGGAUCGGAGAGGAGCUGUACGAUGUCUGGAGAGAUGUUUAGCUGCAGUGCUGGCCCCUGCGUCGGUUCCAUCAGAACCUUAGUCUCUUGCCUUGAUUGGAUAAUCCCCACCAAUGGGAGCCAAGAGUCUCUUCUGAUUGGGUAGUGAAAGAAGAAAAUUGUGAACAGUACUUUGUUUUGAACUUGUAUCUACAAGAUUAUUUUAAAUGUUUAAUUUCUUUGGUUUUCUUGGAAAAAAAAGACAGUCCCACUUAAGAUAGUCUGUCAAUGGGAGUUUGUUUUUUUUCCCCCCAACUGAAAAAUACAUCUUUAAACAAUUACUGCAUACAGUUUUUGGUUACUUGCUGAAUACUACAGAGGUAUUGUACACGUCUUGUCUGGUCCUCAUUCAACUUUUACUGCUCUCCACCUAUUAAUUAGGGAAAGGUACUUUUUCUGUACAGAUACACAUAUAAGGUUUAUUGCUAUGAUCCUUUUCAGUUAGUGUUUCAGCAUCUCAGACGCGAUUGUAACAUUCAGUUCAAGCCUGUUUGAAAUAGGCAUAAUCUUUUGCAUAUGAUAACUGGGUGUUUUAAGUGCAGUGUAAAGCACAAAAAAAGAUUUUUAAAAGUAACAGUUAGAUGCUAGUUGAAUAAAAACGUCGACUCAGUGGUU